CGCAGUAUGUUGACGGGGAGCCUGAGCUCAGGUACAGCGCAUCACACUCAGAGGGAAGAGAGAGAGAGGCAGAGGGAAGGAUAUUUAUAGCCUAAAGCGAGGCUGCAGCGCAGAGAUAAGGCUCGGAGCCAAGCCGCCGGCAGGCAGGGAGACAGGCUUAGGAAAACGAGGACGCGUCAAAAUGAAACACUUCCUUACGGUUGUUGUACUCGGGGCUGCGGUAGUCACCCUGGUCAGCGCGGCCAGUACCGACGGGGCGAUCUCCUUCGAGUACCAUCGCUAUGAGGAGCUGCGGAAAGCGCUGGUGUCGGUGUGGCUGCAGUGUCCGACCAUCACCCGCAUCUAUACCAUCGGGGAGAGCUUCGAAGGCCGCGAGCUGCUGGUGCUAGAGAUGUCCGACAAUCCGGGGACGCACGAACCUGGUGAGCCUGAGUUUAAAUACAUCGCCAACAUGCAUGGCAACGAGGUGGUGGGCAGAGAGCUGCUCAUCUACCUGGCUCAGUACCUGUGCAACCAGUACCAGCAGGGCAACGAGACCAUCAUCGAUCUCAUCCACAACACCCGCAUCCACCUCAUGCCGUCAAUGAACCCCGACGGGUUGACUUUUUCGGUUUUGCUUUCUUUCUCUCUGCGGUUUACAGGAAUGCAGGAUUUCAACUAUCUCAGCAGCAACAGUUUCGAGAUCACCCUGGAGCUCAGCUGUGACAAGUUCCCCAAUGAGGAAACGCUGAAGAGCUACUGGGAACAGAACCGCAACUCGCUCGUCAAUUACAUCGAGCAGGUUCACCGUGGCGUUAAGGGCUUUAUCCGUGACCUUCAGGGCAACCCCAUUUCCAAUGCCACUGUGUCUGUGGAGGGUAUUGACCAUGACAUCACCACAGCCAAAGAUGGAGACUAUUGGCGCCUGCUGGCUCCAGGAAACUACAAAGUGGCAGCCUCUGCCCCAGGAUACCUGACUGUCAUCAAGAAGGUGGCUGUACCCUACAGCCCUGCAACCAGGGUGGAUUUUGAGCUGGAGUCCCUGAUGGAGAGGAAGGAGGAGGAGCGGGAGGAGCUGAUGGAUUGGUGGAAGAUGAUGUCAGAGACACUGAACUUCUAACACGUUUGUCUCGCUGACGAUCGGAGCGUCCACAAUUCGAUGCAAUAUAGUCAACGUUCUGUGUGCCCGUCCGCUCUGAAAAAGAAUAUAUUGUCUCUUCUUCUACUUCUUACUUUUGAUUGUGUUCUCUCCAUUCUUACUUUAAUUAAUUUUGUUGUUUAUUAAUGUAAGAGUUUGCCUCACACUCCUGUAGAUUGUUUGAAUAUCCUGCGCGCGCAGU